UCGUCGUUACCCAAGACUUACGCCAAUUACUUAACAGAGACCCUGUGGGAUCGGACGAUACAUAGUCGUGUCCAACGCUAUUCGCAUCCAUCAGUCCAACCAAUCCACGGAUCUAUCCUAUCUACCUUUCGACUACUGACUGACUGUAAGCUUCCUCGUGAGCCAGAAGCCAGUUGAAUCGCGCUCUUAUUCAAGUACCUCGCUACCCACGGCACGUAUAUAUAUACAUAUACUCAAACGCAAACGCAACUUUGGUUCGUUGUCAUGGAUCGUUGGACGUCCUUGCCUUGGACGCCGUUCUAUACGCAACAGUCGGCAAACGCUUCGACUUCUGCGGUAUCGGUGGACGACCAGGAUUCCCCCUUGCUCGCCUACUGGUCUCUAGCGGCCACGGUAGCCUUUACGAUUGUCGUUUAUUCCUUCGAAGGACAUUUGGACGCCCGGCAGAAGAUAUCCUACCAACAGACAUCGUUUCCGACGGAACUCGAAACUACCUUGCAGGCCAAGUUCCGGAGUGCGCAAACCUACGGUCUAGACAAGAUCAAUUUUGGAAUCCUCGCCGGUACCUACGACACGGCGGAAUCGGUCGUCUUUCUAUUGCUCGGAUUCCUACCCUACGUGUGGGACUGGUCCUGUCAAUUGGGACAAACCUACUUUGGCUAUCACGAUGAAGCAGCCUACGAAACCAACAUCUCCCUCAUCUUUCUCGCCAUUAUUACCCUCAUUGGUACCGUCACGCAGUUGCCCUUUGAGCUAUAUUCCACCUUUCAGAUUGAACGAAAACACGGAUUCAACAAACAAACCCUCAGUCUCUUUUUUACCGACAAGAUCAAAUCGCUCCUCUUGACUUGUCUCAUUGGUGGACCCUUUGUGGCGCUCUUGCUGUACAUUAUCCGCGUCGGCGGGGAGUACUUUUAUUUGUACGUUUGGGCCUUUAUGUUUGUCUUUUCUGCCGUCAUGAUGACGCUUGUACCCGUCUUUAUCAUGCCACUCUUUAACAAGUACGAACCCUUGCCGGAUGGGGAUUUGAAGACCCGAAUUUACGCACUGGCCGAUCGACUCCAGUAUCCUCUUACCAAGUUGUUCGUCAUGGAUGGAUCCAAACGCUCGUCGCAUUCCAACGCCUUCAUGUUCGGCUUUGGAAAUAACAAGCGCAUCGUCCUCUUCGACACGCUUCUGACUCAGGUACAGGAAGACGAAAUCCUGGCCAUUUUGGGACACGAACUCGGGCAUUGGAAGUUGGGACACACCUUGUCGAACUUUGCCGUUACCCAAAUGUACUUUGGCGCCGCCUUUUACUUCUUUUCCCUCACCUACGGCUCCCGCUCACUCUACGCGGCUUUUGGCUUUGACGACGUCUCCCGACCCGUCCCCACCAUUGUCGCACUUUUGUUGUUCUUCCAAACACUCUGGGCACCCGUCGACAAGAUACUUUCCUUUAUACUCACCAUUACCUCCCGCCAUAACGAAUUUGCGGCCGACCGCUUUUCCGUCGACCUAGGAAUGUCGCAGAAACUGCAGUCUGGCUUGUGCAAAAUCCAUCUCGAGAAUUUGGGCGCCAUGUGUCCGGAUCCCUGGUACUCCACCUACCACUACUCCCAUCCACCCCUGGUUGAACGACUGGGCGCCAUGAUGGCUCUGGAUAGAAAGACCAAGUAAAUUUAUACGGACGCCAAAAAAGGAACGGCGUACGGAUUGUAUCGGAUCACGGGUCUCCACGAAACAAGUCACACUAUUAACUCUUGAAAGUUAUAUGUUG